AUGGAAUCUUCUGUUUUUAUUGUUUUGCAGCCGCAGAUAGUUACAACGGGGAUGGUGAAAUCCAGCGCAUUUGUGAUCAGCGAGCCGCUUGAUGUGCCUGUGGUCCCCAAGCAGGUGCCGCUCUACUCAGCCAAGGACCCCACCAAGCGUGUGGCGAGGGCAGUGCUAAGCAUUGGUCGAUUGUUCUCGGCUGAAGCACAGGCGUUGCUGGCCCGAAGCUUGGCACAGCGUGUAGUGCAGCUGCUCCGAGAAGGACCACAAGUACCAGAACUGCAAAACGCCUUGGAUGCCUUGAAGCCUUCAAACGGGUGGUCUGCAGCCGCUGGGAUCCCACAGGUGCUCUCUUCCGUGGAGACAAAAGGGAGGACAGCCAUACGCCUCGCAGUGGAUGGAGGACAUUGGGAAUUUGUUCAUCCCCUUAUCGAGGCCUGCUGCAACCUGCGGUGCCCUUCUCAGGAUCUGCGAUCUCCAUUGACGGCUGCCUUGGAAAAGGGUCAGGUGCAGGCAUUGGAACUUGAAAAGUUGGGAUUCAGCCAAGAGCAGCUGCAGUUGGUAGGCGAACUGAGCACAGCACUCAAAAAUGCCGAGCAAUUGGAGGACAUGGCACCGCGGUUGGCCUUUCACUUUGCACCCGACAGCGACAGGGGACCUGGUAGCCCUUCUGGAUCAUCGGAGCGGUCGCACAUGCCACCACUUCCGCAAGAGGCAUCUCGGAUGUCCGUGAAAGCCACGGAUUGGUCUCCAGAUAUCUUCAUCCUUGCAUUGGACUAUUGCCGAAACGGGAGAUCUAGACGUACCUUUCUUUUCCAAGCAGAUGCUUCUGCCGCCAUUUGGCGAGUGAGUCUGCAGUUGAACCUCCCUGCUUUGGCACGAAAGAUGGCCAUAUGGAUUGGUCUUUCAGUUCCAGCACGAAGUGGCGACCAGUCCCGGAGCAUCUUGCUGGAUGCGCCUCUAUACGGUGAUGACUCGAUCUUGGGCCGUGUAGUGGAGCGAGCUGCUGAAGACGCCGAAUGGCUUGGCGUUGCCAGGGCGCUUUUGUCAGUUGGCGCCAGUGGUACAGCAACCUGCCAUGGGCGGCCUUUGUACCUCUUCGCACAAGAACAGGCGGAAAAGAAGACACGAGGAUUCAACGACUUGUUGGCACCUCUGCUGGCCCGGAUCGGUCAGGAUGUGGACCAAUGGCGACAACCGACAGUUCUGGUCGAAGAGCGUACUGCCGAAUGCCCCAUUUGCUUCGAGACACUGUGGACAGCGACACCCACAGCCUUUGUGAAAUUGGUGGAAGGUGCUGAGAGCAUCUUCCAUGUGAACUGUGCGCAUUUCUUUUGCUUUGACUGUGCCAGCCAACAGUACAUGAAGCAGCAGAGUCAACAGGUCAGCGAAUACUUCUGCCCCAUUUGCAGAGCUCAAGCGCAUGAGGUCAUGCCUAUGCCCGAUAUCGCUGUGAACCCACGGUUGUGGUUUCAAUUCCUCGAUGUCACACGUUCAGGGCAAGUGGAUCAGAACACGGCAGUUCAAGCUUUGGAGGCAAUGCUACCCAUCGACACAGAGCGGUUGCAUUCGGCCUUGCAAAACCAGGGGUUUGCAGCGCCCUGGGCGAAGCAGGGUAACAUCUCCGAGCUUCAUUUCUGGAUGCCUGGUGGGCUGUUGGAAUGGGUACGAGCUCAUCAGCACGAUCUGGACCGUGCCAAAGAUCGUGGCAAAGCCCCAAAGUUGGAUGAACUUGAAGAGUGGCUGCGACACUGGGAUAGAGAACGCCGCGGUGAGCUGGACAAGGGUCAAGUCUUGCGAGCUCUUUGUGAGGUGACCAAAACCUCAUCGUUGGAAAUUGAGCGCAUCAAAAAAAUGAAGGAAGGUAUUUCUGCUGUUUGGAAGAAGAACCAUUUGAAAGGUGGCCUCACUCGACAGCUUUGCCGACAAAAACCACAAUUGGGGAAGGAGUUCCAACAAGUGGUAGACGAGGUCUUAAAGGGCUAGCAUUACGACCCGCGAACGAUGCGAACGCCUCCAACUGCAACGUCCAGCACCUCGUUCCUCAACGAGAAACUGGGCCUCCAGCACCACGCGUACGGGGCUGUGCCAUGCUGUGCCCAGCGGUGCCCAGCUUCAUCGCCUCCCAGGCUGGAUAUGGCUGGAUCUUACAUGUGCGCCCAUCAUCCGGGCUUCAACCGUGCCACCUGGGGAAAGCCCUGGGCUCGUAGCCGCUGGGAUAGCAAGAUCCAUGCUUUGGGAGUCUGACCUGCUGUAUCACAGGCAGAGGGUGC